AUGAGAGAUGGAGGGGCAUCGCCAGAGGCGACCCACACAGGCCAUGGCAUGCCGAACUCCGGGCGCGAUCGAGUUUGGCAGCAAGCGAUCCAAAGGCUAAGGACUUUGCCAUCCGCCGCCACAUCGAUUGGGGCUUGCUGCAAAGCUGCAGCCUGGGAACCUGCCAUUGCUGUGUUAGCGACGCUGCAGGACUACCGCGCCCAUGCGAACAUCGUGGCAUGCAAUGGCGCGUUGACGGCCUCUAGCCAGAAGCAUCAUUGGACGCAAGCUGUGCAGCUCGUCGCCACAGCGAAGAGCCUCUCGCUCCGAGUCAACUCUAUUAGCUACACUUCUGCACUCAAGUCGGGCUCAUGGGCCCGAGGCAUCUGGACUCUUCAACAUGCACAGGCACAAGGCCUUCGUCUUCACCUCUUUCUCCGCAGCGCUUCCUCUGCGCUGCUGGCAGACCAGGGCGCGUGGGAGAAAGCUCAAAGAACACUUGGAGUCGACGUGGACGUGGUGGCAGUGAAUACCCUCUUGAGCGCAAGUGCCAGGAGCCGCACGUGGCCCCGCGCCUUGCACCUCUUCGACGCGGCGGAGCCGUGGACGCCUUCGUGUUCGAGCUGCUCGGCGCUGGCCACGUCGAUGUCCUCGCCCUCCUGGCAGGUGAACGCGGUGAACGCGACGAGGCCGUGCCACUGGAGCUUUUCUUUAGAAUUGACGAGCACUUUGCGUCAGCGACGACUGGGAGAUUGCUGUCCUGAGCUGGCUGCGGCUGUCAGCACUUGCUGCGCCAAACGUUGGGAGAUUGCCUUGGAGGUGGCGAAGAGUCUCGCUGUCGACGGCGGUUCAGUGGAUGGCAUCCUCAUGGGCGCCUCCAUGCACUCAGCGGGCUUAGCACUACUUUGGUCACGCGUGCUGGCGCUCUUGAGGUACUGCACCCCUUCUUCUCGUGGUGGCGUGCACUCGGGCUUUCCUGAGCAGCGAUUUUCUCAGCGGAUACCCAGAAGCACAGGUCUUUGCAAUGUGGCCAUCACAGCGCUGGCUCGGUCAGCACAGGUGAGGCAAGGGAGGAGGCUCUUGGAGGAGAUGUGCCGCUCAGGACCUCGACCAGACCUGCAAUCCUUCAAUGCGCUGAUCGGAGGGAUCGGGCUUGGGCGAGCGGAGACGGCAGCAGAGGUGGAUGGAUGGCCUUUGGCAACAUACCUCGUUCAGCAACUGCAAUCCGGAGGGCUGUGCGCUGAUAGGUUGACCCUGAACAAUGCCUGUGCCGCUUGCGGCACGGCGUCAUGGCAGCAAGCCUUGCAGCUGCUAGGACUUCCUCACUUGCCACCUCCUGGUCUGGUGGCCUACAACGUCAUCAUGGAGGCUUGCCCGCAGCCCAAUUUGGUGUUGGCCUUCUUCCAUGAGAUGCAUGAGCUUCGCCAGGGUCGCCAAGAUGCCAGGGUCUUUUCAGGAGGAGUAGGAGUGCACACCCCAUUAGAGUUCACCCCAUGGCCCACGGACUUCGGAAAUGGUGCCAUGGAGGCCACCAAGACCAAGGGAGCGCCUAUGGCCAAGUGGCAGCGCAAUCGGCUCAUACAACUGAACCAGGUCAUUGCACGGGCUGCACGCUUCAAAAAGAUGAAGCAGGCGCGAAAGGCCUACGAAGACAUUUUGAAAGAGAAGCUGCAACCCAGUGCCCAGACCUUUGGUGCCUUGGUGAACGCCGCGGUGCGCGUCGGCGACCUGCAGGAGGCGCGACGAUGGCUCAAAGCCUCAGCCAGCUUCGGGGUGAACCCGGGCGUCGUCGCCUACACCACCCUGCUGAAGGGCUUGUGCGAAGCUGGUGAAAUGGAUCAAGCGCGUGAGGCCCUGCAGGAGAUGCUCGAGAACAAGUGUCAACCCAAUAUCCGAACCGCCAACACGCUCCUGCGAGGCUAUCGCCGCGCCGGCGAGGUGGACGCCUCGGUGGAGUUGCUUCAGCAAAUGGAGAACGACUGGGGAGUGGCACCGGAUGUGGUCCCGGCGAAACAUUCGAACCCGGACGUGGAUGGCUGCGGGCCACUCCGAAACGCAGCGAUUCACGCCACCAGCAGUGAGUACUUGGUGGCCUUGCUUUGUCAAGGCUUUCGGGUCGCCGCGGCACGACGGCUGCUGAAGAGGCGCCCAUUCCAAGCGACCCAAGGGCGAACGGGUCCGCGGCUUCGCGUGGCGUGGACAACGACCAAGAAGCGACAUGAACACAGAUUGGAUGUUUGGAAAGAUCCAUUCCUGAAGAAAGCCGAACAUUGGAAGGCAUGCCUUCCGUAUGCCCUUGUUUUGGUUCCGUAUGCCGUAUGCUGUCGGCUCUCGAGCUUUCGCUCCAUCGAGACGGUUCUCUCCAGGAUCAAGCUGUCAGAAGGAGCACCUGAUGGUGCAGAGCUGAGUGAAGAUUGUCCGAAUCGAAAACCACAGAGCUUUGUUUGA